AUGCAAUCAACCGCUUUUCUAGCUCGAGAAAACGAGCUUUUAGGCGCUGGCAACGAGAAAAUUAAGCGAAAAGAAGCACGUUCUAAGCUCCAGAUAGCUCACCCAGAAGGCCUAUCUGUUGCUGAGCUUAAAGAAUUGGCUAAAAAUGCCAGAAAUGAUCAAAUUCAACCUCUAAUCGACCAGCCGACCGGUCAACCAGGAGCACAAGAACGACGAUAUAGAGCACCACCAAAAUGCUCUCAAUGCGGUAUUCAGGGGCAUAAGAGAACGCAUUGCCCAGAUUUAGCACGCGGCCUGCAUAAGAAAGCAGAAGUUCUCCUGCCCACGUGGGGUAUUGUGAUACACGACGUCAACGUGCGCUCUCUUGGCGUUAAUUCAGGACGUCUGCAAUCAUUCUCAGACCUUGGAUUUCAACGAACGCUGAAUCGGAUCUCUCAUUCUAGUUUUCGAUCUUUGCUUGGAAGCUAUCACCACGAUAAUUCGGUGUUCUUGGUCUGGGAGCAUGUGGAAGUUUCGGUCGUUCAAGUCCUGGCAUCGAGGCUCGUGAUCACGGCGAGUGAGAUCAUUGCAAUUGUCAAGCCGAUAAGUCGAGUCAUAUAUCGCAUCACAGCUAAAGCGGUCGCUAAUUGA